AUGUCGUUACAAGAUUUUGACGAAUUAUUCACGCAAAAUUUCUCGGUGAUCAAAAAUGAUUUCUCCUUGGCAAUGAAAGACCCCGAUGACUAUUGGAUUGCUGACUUCCUUGAUCUCUACGGAUAUCGCAUCGAAAAAUCUUCUUCAAUAGAAUUUUCAAAUUUCGUUACUCCGAAAAUUGUACGCGACAUCAUUCGAAAUAAAGAAUUACACCUUCCUCCCAAUUGUCGUUCCUUGGCUGAUAGAAACGCUUACAUCAUACUUCUUUUAAGAUUUGUUCUUCGUGAUAACGCCUUUACAGAAUUAACUGGUGUACCUCUCGUACCAGUGAAUAGCAUCUCUUAUUCAGCUUUUGGUACUCAACAAUAUUAUUUGGCUCACCCUUCAGAUUUACAAUUUUUUCCAACCGUUGGUUGCUUUGUCUUGAUUACCGAAGAAUUACCUGAUGACAUUAAAUCUAUUUUUGAAUCUUCUGAAUUUCAAUCAGCAAACAAGAUUAAAAAAUUGGAUCUUAAUGGUUUUUAUUGUCUUUUUCGACAUGAACUCCCUCAUGCUCCAAUUCGUGACUGGGAUCCUGAUACAACUACCACUUUUUUGAAUAGACGUUGGCUUGAAAAUCUUUGGGAAAGAAUUUCUCAAUUUGUUAAUCAAGAUUUAAAAUUACUUGGAAAUUAUCCUCUUAUUCCAAUUAUUACUACUACUUAUAAUAAUCAUCAUAUUUAUGAACUUAUCUCUGUAAAAAACGAUCUUCCUAUAUUAAGAUUUCCCAAGAGAAAAGAUAAUGUAACAGAUGUCUUGAAAAAGCUUGGUAUUCUUUUCACUGAAGAAUCUCGAAUUGAUACUAUGAAAAUAUUUAUUUGGGAUUGGAAUCUUUCAAUGGUUAUUAAAGCUAUAGAUAAAUCUUGUUCUAUCAAUAAAAUUAGCAUAGAUUCUUUAUUUCAACAACAUAUAUGUGAUGAUGAAAAAGAUAAUCUUCGGGAAUAUAUUGUCACAAAUUUCUGCGAUAUAUAUCGGAAAGACCGAUUUAUCGACGCAAGUGUUAAGGAUAUCUUACGUCAAUUACCUAUUUGGCCUACUUAUUCCGCUGAUGGUAGUUACAUCGCGGCUUAUUGCGGUUGUCUAGUUCCGCAUGGUCUUCCUUAUUUCCAAGCUAAUUUAUCAAGUUCAAAAACUAAUUAUAUUAAUUAUAAGAAUCCUGAUGAAAAAAUUUUAUUGAAAAGAUUAGAUGUUGUUGAAUCAAGUUAUAUUCACUAUCUAUUUUGUAUUUUCAAGAAUCUCGACUGUAUUCGACCUGAUGAUCCUGAAUAUCUGGAAUUUUUAAAGGAAUUCUUACGGCUUCCUCCUCAAUUACAUCCAAACUGGUUAUCUGAAUAUCGUUUCAUUCCUAAUAGUACAAAAACUGAAUUAAGAUUUGCUAGAGAACUAUAUGAUGAUAGAGUUCUUCUAUUCAAUGCUGUAUUUGCUGGUUCUGAUGUAUUUAUUGCUCCUGAACUUCGUUGUGGUUGGUUAUCUAAAGGUCUUGUUGGUUUGGGCUUUCAUGAUAGAGUAGAUGAUGAUACUUUCAUUCGAUUGGCUUUGGAAAUUCAACAUUUAUAUAAUUCACCUUCUCCUCCUUCCGAUUUAUUUGAUCGAGCUCGAAUGUUAGUUCUUCACUUUUAUUAUAACGUUGAUGAUCUAAAUUUCACUUGUAAUAGAUGGGAUGUUCUCAAAUCCAUUAAUUUUAUCCCAUCAAAACCUGUGGAUUAUCCUUAUCUUGAAACGGCAAGAUUCAAGACUCCUAAACUUUGUUCUUUUAAUUCUCUUCGUUUACCUAAACACAUGAAAUUAUGUUGGACUCAAUGUGCUUUUUACGAUGAUCCUGUAAUUCCUCCUGAAAGUGUAUUAAAUAUUCAUAUUGAUCUUGGUGAAUUAUUCUUUCAUGAUGUAAUGGGUCAUUUAACUGCUAUUAAGGAAAAUAUUGUAGAUAAACAAUCGGAUGAAUGGAAAGGACAUGGUGCUCCAGAACUUCUUUUUACUAUUAUUAAUGGACUUUAUGAAUGGUUAGAAGAUAAUUUACUAUUAAUGAAACGUAUAGGUGAAAUUGGUGAACAAUGGUUUAUUGGAGAUUUAAAAUCAAGUCUUCAAAAAAAUUCUACAAUAUUUCUUAACGGAGAUGAUCCUUUCGAUUUGAAAAAUUGGACUUCUGCAACGAAUUUGGUUUUAAAUAUAGAUAUCGAUGUAGAUUGUUAUAAGAAAGCUGCAAGUAAAAAUUUGUCUUCAUAUUGUAAUUUAUUACAAUUAUGUGGUGCUUAUAAUUUUAAUCCAGCAACUCCAACAAAUUUUGAUGUUCCACAUACAGCAUUAAGACGAGAUUAUAUCGUUAACAGAUUUUGUAAAUAUGUGGAUCUUGAUGUUACUCGAAAUUCUCAAAAUUUUAGUCACUCAAAUACUGGUUUGGAACGAUUUCACGAUAUUUUUUUUAAUAUUCGUGAUGAGUUAAUAGGUACAUCCCGUUUCUUAUUAGCUGCAACUUGUCCUCACUUUGAAAGGGCAUUUUGUGCUGGUACAUUGGAAUCCAAACUUGGUGAACAUGUAUUUCUUCCUCGAGUCGAUGAUAUACAUCCUGACGCGUUUCGUGUUCUUCUUAAAUACUUAUAUGGAAAAGAUCUUAGUGACAUUAUGAAUGAAAUUAGAUAUGAACCAGGUCCUGAUGAAGAUGAAAUAUCUUUUUAUUUCAAUCGUUAUAUUGAAUUAUUGAAAUAUGCACAAUUAUAUGAACUUAACGAUCUUGCACUAUCUGUUCAACAUCAAAUAAUUCAAGAUCGUUUGGUCUUACCGCAAAAUAUUGUUGAAAUAUGGGAAUGGUGUCAAAAUACUGAAAUUACCGCUCCAUAUUUGGCUGAAUAUUGUGAAAAGUGUAUAAGAGAUAAUACCGAAUUAUUAUUUGAUCUUCGACUUCAUGAUAUUGAACAAGAUAUUCCAGAUAAGAAACAACGCGCGGCUGCUAUUGUUGAAUUAGAAGGAAAAUUUUGGAGGUGGCGUGAACUCAAUUCGUUAAAAGAUAUGUCACCUCCAAUAUAUUAUGAUGAAGAUCCUCCGAUAACCUUUGAUAAUGAAUCUGGUUGGGGAAGAGAAUGUAGUUCUGCUCUUGAAUGGAUAUGA